AUGCCUUUCCUCGCCAACACAUUCACUGCGCUGACUUGCCUUUUGGCUGUCGCUGGCGCUGUACCUACAGCACUACCCGGCGCAAGUGGCAACUGCCCCUCCACUGGAAAAGCAACCCGUCAGGAGCCUUCAGCCCUGUACAGCGUAUUCCCCGGCUCGCCCGACGUCGCGAAAAAGUCCGUCGGCUUCAACGUCGCGACGUACAACAACGCAUCCCAGAUCGAACAGCUCCUCGUCUUCACGGGCAUCCCCGCCGAAGCUAAGAAGUGCACUCUUGGAUGGGCGCAGGGCGAGCAGCCUGAGCGUCUCUUCAUCGUAAAGGGUGGAGAUGCCUUGACCGAGUUCAAGCAGCUCUCUGGCUUCCCCAGCAAGGGCGUCACCUACAAUACCGCGAAGGAGUUUGACACGGCUGGGGAGUCUGUCGGUGCUGCUGAUUUCACCAACUGGGAUGACUUGCCUGCCCAGACCCAUAUUGUUGGUAACAUUGACUGCAAGAGCACCGUCUACCUCAAGGCCGCGCUGCGAAACCCCAACGGCAACACAAAGGUGUUCCUCGAGCAGAGCGAUAAGAAUGGUGUGUAUAUCGAGUACAGCUGCUAA